GACGAACCUACUUGUCCUUCGUUCAGAUAUUUUUCGGCUUAGAUCUUUUUGUUGAGUCGACUGCUUUCCAUCUUUUCCAAAACUCUCUUUGCGAUACCCCAGACAAACAGCUGCAUGCUGCUACCGCGCUCAGCCACGCGCUCCUUCGUACCGGAAAUAUGUAAAUUCGUCGCGUGCGUCGCGUCAGUCGAGUAAUAAGGGGGAUAAGGGGAGUUUGACAGUGGAAAUAGACGCCCCUUUCUUCCCUAUGAAUAGAUGUGCCACCCAUCGACAGCCUACGCGUUUUCCCCUUUGUUCCGGGGCCUCUGGAGUUGACAGAGCAUACUCACUGGGUCAGAGCGUCAGACACUACCACAUGCCUCUGGCAACAAAUUAUCGCGUCCAGGUGUCUCCAUUUUUCGGAAGGGGUGGCUGUCGUGCCUCGUUUCUCUCUGCUUCAGCUGUCCAACAAAACAUUACCGAGAGUUGCCGCAGAUCUUCGCGUCCCGCCAGGAUAGGCCUUCGUGGUUGGUGUCUCUUCCUUCUCUUCAGAAAUCUGUUUUUGUCCAAUCCGUGGAACAUCUCGCUUUCCCGCGGGUCUCUUUCGCGAGUCCUCCCCACAGCCGGACCAGGAGCGAGCAGCACGUGGGCGCUUCCCUCGUUUUCUCGUUUCAGCCCUUAUCCUGCUUUUUGCUUUCCUCUCUGCAACUUCACAAAUUCCCAGUCGUCUGCGAUUCCACGGAAACAAAGUUUUUCAUAUGUCUCACGGUUUGCCCAAUUCCAGGCGGCGCCCGAUGAACCUCGCUUCCGACCUGCGAAAAUGACAACUGCAGAAGCCCCCCGACGUCCGGUAAUCGGGACGCACAGCGGCAAGUUCCACGAGGACGAGGUGCUCGCGACAGUUAUGCUUCUCAGUCUGCCCGAGUUCCAGAAUGCACGAGUUGUCCGGUCUCGGGACCCUGCAGUCCUCGCCACUUGCGACAUCGUCGUGGAUGUUGGUGCAGAAUAUGAUCCAGAGAAGCGUCGGUUUGACCACCAUCAAAAGAGUUUUACCUUGACAUUCUACGGGAAGAGCCCGACAGCUUCAGACACGCUUGACAGCGGGAACAAGGAUGCAGGGAAGGACGAUGGCGGUCAAGUGUCGUCGGAAAGGAGGCGCGAUGCUGCAGGAAACGGGAAAGUGGAAGAGAAAGCUUGCAAAAAGGCAGCUGUCACAAAACUCAGCAGUGCAGGCCUAAUCUACAAACACUUCGGAAAGGAUAUUCUGCGACAUCGAUUCGGACUAACGAGCCCAGAGUUGUUGGAUUGCGUCUUCGAAAGGCUGUACACGUCCUUCGUUGAGGCGGUUGAUGCAAUCGACAACGGCGUCUCCAUUGCGUCCAACGGCAGUCCCCUGUUGUACAAAGACAGCACCAACCUAAGCUCUCGGGUAUCCCGUUGUUAUCCGCCGUGGAAUUUGGAGGAGCUCCGUGCCACUCGGCCUCAAGUAAAGCGCUUGCGAACUGCGGAAGCGGAUUUGUACCCCGCUGAGGUUGAGGGUGGAUCCGUGGAGGAAGUUCACGGCUUCAGAAAAGCCAUGAAACUUGUAGACGCAGAGUUCGAAGAUGCAGUAAGCUCCAUUGUUGACGUGUGGCUCCCCGCAAGACAGGUGGUACUUGACGCAGUUCAAGAGAGAACCAAGGUUCAUUCUUCUGGACGAAUCGUCAAGCUCAAGCAAUGGUGCCCAUUCCAGGAACACCUUCACGAGAUCGAAGCGGAAUUACAGCUGGAUUAUCCGAUACUCUUCUGCCUCUAUCCCGACCUGAAGAACGGAACUAUCGAGGGCUGGCGUGUGUAUGCGGUUAAUGAGAAGGACCAGUUAUUUAAGUCUCGAUUGCCGCUGCUAGAGAAGCUGAGAGGUCUGAGGGACAGCGAGUUGGGGAAAGCUGUUCUCACGGAUGAGCGGACUCAGAAAUCGGAGGACAUGAGCGACUCUGACUUUAUUCAUUGCCAUGCAACCGGCUUUAUUGGCGGUACAAAGACGCUGUCCGCAGCAAUGGCGAUGGCGACGCUCACCAUGAAGGAUGCCGGUUUGUGCUAGAGAACGAACACUUGCAAGCACGGGUUUCCUUGCUCUUUCGUACAUCGUUUCCAGAUUCGACGCUGUGGACUUCUCCGCCGUUUUCUCAAGUGAGACGCUGCAUCGUGCCGUGCAAGGUGUGUGUGAUGUGCGUCAAGACAUUACACUCGACGUCUCUGGAUUUGACGCGCUGUUGGCAAACGAAACUUUAAAAAUGCACUGCACUGCACGAUUUAUGUAGGUGUUUGUGUGUGGUGUGUGAGGGGUUCUCAACAUCCAGUACCAGUGAAAUGCGCUCUGUUUCAACAGGAGCGGCGCGGAAGCUAUCAGGGGUGCCAUUCCUGCGUGUGGAGUGUAAACUACCGAGCUGCGAAUAUCAGUGGGUGUAUUGACUGACUGAAAUGAGAGGCUCAUGAUGAGUCAUUUUGCAGUCGGUCGGUUUAGGCACUGCACCUUGUAGGGCGCCUGAAAUGCAUAGGUUCCGGCUACGUUUUCUAACGAAUCAUCCAUGCUAAAGGUAUGAUGUCAUCGCGGGGUACACUGGUAAGGUAGUUCACAGCGUGUCCAUUUCGCCAGGGAUGACAUUCGCGAAUAGUGUUGCUGGCCUGUACAUCCACCGCAUCUCACUGCAAGGGUGGGAUUUCCUGGGCGUCUGGAAUUACUCAGUGUAUCUUGUAGAGUCAUUAUAAAUUCCGGCAUGUUUCGCCAAGAAAGCCUCGAGUUGUUCAGCAGCCAUCGUCGCUGGGACGUACUGUAUCUCCGCGAGUCCUUCCGGUGUUUGGGCUGCAACAGAAUUCCAGCAGUGGCACGGACCAUUGCCUCGUGAUGAACACAGAGCCAUUCACUGAUCGUCUGCUAUUGUUCGGCUGCUAGGG